AUUGAUUUGAAGGAUUGUGCAGAAAUGUAUUGCACUCACUUCCAAUUCCAAAGUGCAUAUGUCAAGUUUCUGGCUUGGGGCUUUAUAAAGACAUGUGGUACGUUCAUAUACAACCACAAACACACACAAAAGAACAUGUUGCUUGAACACAUUUUCAAACUGUUGUUUCGGAGCUCAGAUCAGUUUUUGUCUAUUUUUCCAUCAAGACAACAACAUACUUCCCUGUGUGUGCAGUCUGCUCUUGACGAGUUAAAGUUUUCGCGGUGUUGCUGGUGGCGGCGGCCAGUAAAGGGUGAGCGCGCGUUAUGGGCCAGCACUCAUUCUUUCCGAUGACUUCAGGCAGCCGGAGCGGACGAGCUCGGCAGGACUAUUUCGCACGUCUUUCACUCGCUCACACUGUCUUUGGAAGGUUUACGUGCAAGCAAGGACGGACAUUUCGUUUCGAUAAUAAGGCAAAAUUUUUUUUUCUAGAGUUUGGAGAUGUUCUGCGGAUUAAUGUGGAGUUGGACCUGGCUCUUGCUGGGCUUCUGUGCGUGCGCCUCCCGUGAAGACGUCUCUGUAGAUGAGGACAACUGGACCAAUGACGAGUGGGGUUCCGGUUUCUCCCCUGUAUACCGCUUUCUCGCUGACAGCCCCCCUGAAGCAGCAGCAGUAGGGCAGAGUCCCCUGGGGUCCAUGAACUGCACUCAGCGCUUCUGGUUGCCUUCGUCCACGCCGGGAAUCUGUUGGGAGAACGUAGCCAGGCCCGAGGAGCUGGCCCGCUCCCGCCUGCUGGCGUUGCAGAACCGGGCUGCCCUGGAGGGUGUGAUGAUCUCCUGCCGCGUGGAGGAAGGGGGACUCUCCUACCAGCGGCAGGCCAGAGACGAGGUGGAGGGGGUGCUCUCGGACCACCGCAGUGUGGCGGAGGCCCUGGACACCAUGGAGAAGGUCUUCGUCUCCCUGGAGGAGAAGAGGAAAGACGGCAAAGACGGAGGACUCCUCACCAGUGUCAAGGAGCACCUGGCCCAGGCGAGGGAGUCGGCGUUCGCCCGCCAGCUCCUAGCAUCCUCCCUGGAGAGGCACUUGUCCAGCCUGGAGGAGAAUCUCAUGCACAUGCAGCUCAGACUCCACAAGCUCAUCCGCCAGUGACCACGAGAACAAGAUUGGGCUUGCACUUUUUGAGAGACAUCAGCUGGGUUCAUGAAAGGAUGCUCAAGGAUGGUUCAGAAGUUGAAAAUAUGUAUUUCAUUGUAAACUGUGCAAGGAUGAAGGGUUGAUAUUAAAUAAAAUGUCUCAACCACCAAACAGAACAAAAUUGAAUCGACGCAUGAUUGAGGCGCUCACAUGGUGAUCUAAAACCAUUUAAUGAAAUGAUUCAGAG